AUGUAUGCUGCCUCUUCCUCGACAGUCACGGCACAAUUGGCACGCUGGGUGCCAAUGCGUAUGUGGGUUAGCUCACACUCCGAGGUUCGCACCGUUUCGGUCAGUUGUUGUGCACGAGCCGAGCGGUUAGGAUGUCCGCAGUCGAUCGGGGGACUUUGGAGUCGUUCAGGAACUGUGCCACGAUGGUUCUGCCCUGUGCGCUAUGAGGAGCUGAGCCUAAAGCAGCGCCUAAAACCAUGCAAAACGCAUCACAAAAGCGGCAUUGUCGGGCAAUGCGACACCAUUUGGAGCGUUGGACAACGCUGGGGCGUAUUCAUCUUCAACAUCGUGCAGUGGACACCGAUCAAGUACCUCGGCUACUCGUACCCGCUGUGGGCGCACGCGUUCGGCUGGUUCACCGCCCUGUCGUCCAUGCUGUGCAUCCCGGGCUACAUGAUCUGGCUGUGGAGAAACACCCCCGGCGAUCGCGCUAACAAAAUUCGACUGAUCGUUCGAAUCGAGGACAGCGUGAGCCAGCUGCGGGAGAGAAUGCAGGCCGACGCCGAGAAGGGCAUGGAGCUGUAACGGGCUCCGCAGGGCGCACGCACAGCUACGAUGUUUUGCGAUUAAUUCAAUUCUUCCCCCACCCCCUCCCCUCCACCCGCGCCAAGAUACCAGCGUUCCAGCAAAGUAACAACCAAACCAUGAAACCCAUUAUUUAACUAUCAUACCGAGUUCCGAGAGACGCAUUGUUUGUGCUUCUUUGUUUUUUUUUAAUUUUAUUUUUUGAUAUUUUUUUUAUAUAGACAUAUUUAUAUAAACCUUCACAUAAAAUAAGCCGGUUUGGAUCUCCAA